AUUGCGCCUCCGGUUUGGUUGGUCAGUCCGCUGUUUCUCUUUCAUUUUCAUACUUCACCCACCUUCCUCUUCUAAUUUCUUUCUCUUCUCCUUCUUAACUUUUCUGCAUUCCCACUAAAACCUACCUCUAACAUUACCAAAAUGGUUGCCACUGAUAAGCUAUUCACUUUGUCUCAAGUAUCCGAACACAACACCCCCAAGGAUUGUUGGCUCAUCAUCCAUGGCAAGGUGUAUGAUGUGACCAAGUUCUUGGAGGAUCAUCCAGGUGGCGAUGAAGUAUUGUUGUCAGCAACAGGGAAGGAUGCCACUGAUGACUUUGAGGAUGUGGGCCAUAGUUCUAGUGCCAAAGAAUUGAUGGCUGAGUACUAUGUCGGAGAGAUUGAUGUAUCGACCAUACCAAAGAAGAAGACUUAUACACCUCCCAAGCAGCCUCAUUACAAUCAGGACAAGACAUCAGAGUUCAUUGUGAAGCUUCUCCAGUUUCUAGUUCCUCUUGCAAUCUUGGGUUUGGCCGUUGGCAUCCGCAUCUACACAAAAUAAACUUAAGGUUCUCAAUUAUGCUUCUGGUACCAGACAAUUGAUGUCUUAAUAAAGACUGCUUUGGUUUUUUUGUGUGUGUUGUAUUGUUGUUGUUUCCACUCCAAGAGGGUAGUUUAGUGGUCCUGGUAAUAGUUGUGCUUUGCUGAUAUUUUUUCCGAAAAAUGGAGAUAAUUUACAACUUACCUUUCCCUUCUUUCCAAAAAUAUAAUUAUAGUAUAUCAUCCGAAUGUUCGUAUGCCAAUCCAAUAAAACUAUAUCACAUACGCAUUUGAUCUAUUUCAUAG